UAGUGGGGCGAAAGCAAAUCGACUCCAUUCAUUCAUUGACGCGCCGGCCGGCCGUCCAGUCGGUUGUCAUUAAUUUAAUGAAAAUCCGAAAAAGCUGUAUAUAAUGAGUUUCGCGCGCAUCUACCGUUUAUUCGACGAUUAAAAAACGAACUCUAUGCUAAUUUAUUUUGACUGUGUUGACAUUCGUUUUGACAAUUACAGCAGAUGUUUGUUCUGGUGAUGCGAUGUUGAUUGUGGUAGUGAUUUUGUAAAAUGUGGUGAGGAGAUGCUUGUGGGAGAACAGUCACCGGCGCCGCGAGUGGUCGCCGGGCUGAGGAAACUUCGACCAGAAUUGACACCAGGACCCGUGCCCGCGCCUGCUGAUCCCAACCUACGGAUAUCAGGAGUGCUCCGUCAGUAUUACAAUGAUGACACGGAAUCAUGGGCGUGGGUACGAGCCGCAGUCCGCGGAGGGUGCUUGCUUGCCUGGCGCGAGGGCACCCUGCCUAGGGGGCGAGCUGCCAGACUGCCACUGCGAGACUUACACCUACGAAUGGCCUCGUCACUUCCAAACGCUUUCCAGUUGUCACGGUUGCGCGACGAUGCUGCAGUUGCCACGUUUCAGACUUGCAAUGCGGCGGAAUAUAACAAAUGGGUGCGCGCGCUAUGCAUCGAAAUACUCGGCCAGACCCCGUUACCACAAGUCCGUUUUCUGGACGUGCUGCCCGCCGCGGACACCAGUCGCGAACCAAAGAGAAAAGCUCCUCUGCAGGAGACACCCUCGUGUCCGCCGAGACCGCCACCGAGAGCUCGACGGAGGUUGCUAACCUCCUCCGAGACGCAGUUGCCCCGUAGGGACCAUUCCCCCGCUGCAACGGAUGAGGGCAUCGUCGUCGAGGACGACGACUACGACUCAUCGUCCGACCGCAGUCUCGAUCUAUCCCUCUCCCUCGACGCUUUGAAAACCACCGACGUGGUAGACGCGCCGGUACGGAAAGCUGAGAUCAUCAAGUGCGACAAUUGCAGCAAACUGAACGCGCAACAUCACACAUUACCGCGCGCUAGGUCCACCGAUUCGGAGCAAGGUCGCCACCGCUAUUUGAAACGGUGGGAGGGUACAGCGGGGGGUGCGGAGCGCGGUCGUUACGCUAUGGAAGCGGCCAGACGCAAGACCGCAUCGCUGGAGAGCCGGGCGAGGUCUUGCUCGCCGAACGCUCACGAGGCUGUCGCUAAAUACGUUCCGGUGAGGGAGCGAAGGGCGCUGUUCGAGUCGUUGUCACAGAACGGGAGCGUUAUGGCACGGAGUACUGAACAGCUGGCACGGCCAGUAACCGUACCGCAGACGACGCCGCGACGAGCUGCGUCGCUGCAUGAUUUGCAGGCGCCACCGAUGCGGUCGGUGAGCGACCUGCGGCAGUUCUUCGAGGCGGUUGCGCGCGGCGUGGGGAGCUGCUCGGCGGGCGUGCAGCGUCACAGCGCGCCCCCGAACCCUGCGCCGCGCGCCUUCACCUCGCUCACAUGCGCUUGACCUGUUGUAAAUAUUGUAGAUAUCUUGGCGUUGAUCGCCUACUAUUCUCACUAAGUCGUUUGUUUUAAGACUGUUAAAAGUAUUGUUAUUAGAAUCGUCUAAUAUAAAAUAUAAAAAUGUUUAACUAUUAUCGUA